UGGCCCUCCCCAUCUCCGGGCCCUCCCCUCCCACCAACAUAAACAUGGACGUCAGGCCCACAGCCCCAGUGAGCCUGUAGUGUUCUGAAUGCAGCCAUGGACCCUAAGGAUCUGUAGCGAUGAGUACCGGAGGAGCGGAGGGUGGACGCUGAACUCUGAGUGUCUGGUGACUGUGUGUGGAGAUCUGAUGCUCCUCGGAGCCUCUGCUAGCUCCAUAGCUCAUAGCUUCUUAGCUCCGUAGCUUCCUAGCGCCAUAGCUUCAUAGCUCAAAGCUCCGUAGCUUCAAUGCUCAUCGCUUAUUAGCCUCAUAGCUCCGUAGCUUCAUUGCUCAUAGUGUGUUAGCCUCAUAGAUCAUAGCCCCGCAGCCGCCCCAGAGGCUAACACCGCUGACAACUGUCCGCCUCCCCGCUGGUUCCUCAUCGAUGGGGGAUCCGACCUGCUCGCCGCUUCGUCCCGAAGACAGCACCCCUUUAUGAUCACCGGUGAACUCAACGUCUUGGUUUUAGAUCGUACUGGUUAACACCGUGUUAAUUCCAGUACAGCCAGCCCCUGCUGAGGGGACCAUAGAGCCGGGCGGUGGACUGUAAUCCGACUUAAACCAUGUUUACUGUGAGACCCCUGAAGCCCACCUUCAAGUCCUACCUCCCUCCUCUACAGACGGAUGUAAAGAAAAGCCUACACCCUCCUGUUAAAAAGUUGGAAGCAACACUACUUCCAGGAGAGAUUGUUGUCAAUGAGGUGAACUUUGUGAGGAAAUGCAUCGGUGCUGAGAAAAGCCACGAUGACCUUUGGGGGAAACUGAUCUGCACCAACUUCAAGGUCUCCUUCGUCACCCAUGAGGCUCUGGCCCAACCAAGAUUUCAGGUUUCAAACCGCUUGCUUGGAGAACAUGACAUCCCCCUGGCCUGUGUGGAUCAGGUGGUGACAGUCAACGAUGCGAAGGGGAAGAAGAAAGUCCUGGGCUCCAAUCAGAAGCUCAAGUUCAACCCCAGCGAGCUCAUCCUCUACUGCAAGGACUUCCGCAUCGUGCGGUUCAGCUUCGAUGAGGCCGGUCCUGAGGGGGCUAAGAAGGUGUGCCUGGCCAUCGCCCACUACUCUCGGCCCGCAGACCCUCAGCUGCUGUUUGGCUUUGAGCUCAUCGGGACCCGAUACCUGGGCUCCUCAGAGGACGGGCUGAACGGAGCGCGGCCCGCGGGGGGCUCGCAGACGCCCCUGUUCGCCUGCUCCUCGGACUGGGACCGGGAGAUCAAGAGGACCGGCGCGGCCGAGUGGAGGGUCUGCUCGGUGAACCAGGGCUACGGCGUGUCGCCCAGUCUCCCGGAGUUCUUUGUGGUUCCCGCCUCCCUUGCGGACCAGGAUCUGAGGCAGUACGCCGAGGCCUUCAGCGGCCAGCGCCUCCCUGUAUGGUGCUGGAAUCACCCUAACGGCAGCGCCCUCACCCGCAUGGCUGCCAUCACCGACCCCCUCCAACAGAAAAGGCUGGAUCAGAGAAUCUGCAACGCCAUCAUCAAGAGCCACCCCCAGCGGGGCGACGUCCACAAGGCAGACCUGGACAAGAACCUGCCCAGCAUCCAGCAGGUCAACAACAGCCUGGUCAGGCUCAGGCACAUCUGUGUGAUAGACCCUUUUGAGGAGACGGAGGAGAAGUGGCUGUCGUCGGUUGAGAACUCCCAGUGGCUGGACUAUGUCCGGACCUUCCUGAAACAUUCUUGUGAUGUGGUGUACAUUCUGGAAGGGCUGAACGCUUCGGUCAUUCUGCAAGAGGAGGAGGGCCGGGACCUGAGCUGUGUGGUGUCCUCCCUGGUGCAGAUCAUGGUGGACCCUCACUUCCGCUCGCUGUCCGGGUUCCAGAGCCUGGUGCAGAAGGAGUGGGUGAUGGCGGGACAUCGCUUCCUGGACCGCUGCAAUCACCUGAAGAAGAGCGAUAAGGAAGAGUCUCCGCUGUUCCUGCUCUUCCUGGACUGCGUGUGGCAGCUGAUGAACCAGUACCCGUCCGCCUUCGAGUUCACAGAGACCUACCUGGCGCUGCUGAGUGACAGCAUGUGGGUUCCUGUCUUCAGCACCUUCCUCUUCAACGGCCCAAAGCACCACGCAGACACCAUGCACGACUUCCUCGAGGAUAAGAAGAUCACACUGGGUGAGGGGGAGGAGCUGUGUCUCCCGCCCGUCUGGGACUGGUCCCAGCAGCUGUCCAUCACGGACCAGGCCCUGUUUAAUAACCCCAUCUACGUGGGCAAGGCGGCUCCCUACGCUCACAACGGAGCGGUCAAGUCCUUCAGACGCACAAAGCAUAAAACGUGGAGCUCCACUCUGCGAGGCGCGCCCCCCUCCCAGACAGGCUGGAGCUCCACCCUGCGAGGCACCCCCCCCGCCCUCGCACGCAACGGCCUGCAGGGCAGUCAGGGUACCCUGCCGCGCCGGAACUCCCUGGCCGCCCAGCUGAAGUCGGACCUGUUCCCGGUGAGGGACGUCCCCGAGAGCCCGUCGGAGCGCUUCGCCCGGGACUGGUUCUCGGGCCCGGCGGACCCCCAGGGGCUGCUGCUGCCCCAGCUGCUGCCCUCCCACCUGGCCCUGUGGCGGCUCUACUUCCUGCGCUGGGUGCCCGAGGCCGUCAUCCCCCGCGGCGGCCCCGUCACGGCCGUCCACGCGGUCUCCCAGCUGGCCCACGAGAUCGAGACGCUGCAGAGCCAACUGCGGCGCUACAAGGGCCCCACGCCGGGGAGCACGCCCCGGGCCAGCCCCGCCGGGGGCCCCCCCGGGACCCCCCACGCGGAGCCCAGCAGGAUGUUCUUCAAGGCCGGCUCGCUGUACGAACCCUCGCCCCCCCCGGAGUUCCUCAGCUCCUCCUUUCCCUUCACCCCCGUGGGGAACCUGUGCCGGCCCAACCUCCGCGGAACGCCCAUCAGCAAGCUCCUGAACGGGGCCAAGACGUGGCUCUCCACCGAGACCCUGGCCGGCGAGACCGCAUGAGGCUUCAGGGCGUCAGGCGCACCUUGAGUUUAGUCUUCUUGUCCGAAUCGACUUUACGCAUUUAGGAUGAGAGUUUGUUUGGGUUGUGGAUUCAUUGAGCUUGCAAGCUGGACAGUUUUCUCAAAGUUUUCACUCUAAGACCGUGGUUGUAUGUUCACCUGAGCUUUAACACGUGUUGGUUCAUGGGAUUAUGUUAUAAUCUAGAGUGUAAAUAAUGAUCCACCAUAUAGAGGUGUAUGAAUUUCUAAUUGGACACAAAUAAUGUCCAGCCAGAAACUAUUGGCUGAACCGUGAUUUCAGUGGAGCUGUACGGAAUCGGGACGUCCAACCAAUCCCCACGAUCGCUCCUGUUUGAUAUGCAAACGCAUUUCAAUGUCGUGGUAUGAAAGGUUGUUGGCUUCUGUUGUUGCCGAUUAAGUUUGUGCACGUCUGCUUGUGCGCGUGCUUGUGCGUGUCCAUGUGUUCUCGUGUGUGCACGUGUGCUUGUGCAUGUGCUCUUGCACGUUCGUCUGCUCAUGUGCAUUUGUGCUUGGUGUGCAGUGUUUGACAUUCUUUAUAGGAUUUAGAGAUCAGAAGUUCUUAUCAAUAUUGGAAUGUAAAUACUCUGUCUGAAUGCCGAGGCCUUAAUGUACAGAUGAGCGCUUCUUUAAUGGAGGGGCUGUAGAGAAAACUAUUUUGUAGAAAGGGAAGUAGAAAGUGACUGCUCAGCAUUGUAAUGUUAGGGCCUAGUUGGAUUGAGAUUGAUUAAGCAGUUUCUUACGGUUUAUUUUGCACAAGCAAACUACUUGCUUAAGGAAAGAUAAAGGUAGCACAUAGUUAAAUGUUCAGGGUCUUAAUUUUUUGGUUGAAAAUCGUUUUUGUAUUGAAGUAGAGAAAAGGACCUUUGUUAUACUAACUUUAAUGCAGAUGACACUUUUAUUACCGAAAAUUAAGCUUUUGGGAGUUGAAUCUGUGGUAGUAAUUAUUAUUUUUUUCAUAGAAUUCUUAGAUGGCUUGUGGUGUGCAGGUACUAUCUAUAUGAUGUAUUUAACUAACAAGUAAAUGAAUUAAUUACCUAUGGAAGGUAAAAAGGGAUCCUAUAGUUUGAUGAUCAAACCAUAAAUGGGACCUUUGCAUAGGCUGGAAACAGAUUGAUGUUUGAGUGUUUUUUGCAAACACUUACAUGCAGGAAAGAUUACUAAUGGCUAGUAUCCUCUCCCUGUCUACAUUACAAUAAACUAAAGUCUGUCGCCAGAUUAUCAAUUGAUUAACUUUAACAAAUCUUAAGUUGUGCUUGAAUUGUUUUAUUGUAGGCCUACUUAUAAUAAUGGUACUGAGUAACUUUUAUGUAUUUAGUUUGUAUUUUAUGAAGAGGUAUUUAUAUACGGUUCUAACUACUAAUUAUCUUUAUUGCACCCUGCUGUGAUUGGACGAGGUCUCUGCUGUUAUAGGGCAGUUUGAUAUAAAUCAACAGCAAAUACACCAUUUUGAAGAGGAAGAAUCGUUGUGCCUUUUGGGGAAUUGGGUCUCUUUCUGUACACAUAAUAAACAAUUUGUCUGUUUGUGGACAUCAGAUCUGAAUUGUUUAAUGCAUUUUUUACAAAAUGUAAAUUAAGUUAGAGGCCUAUUUGAAAAUGUAAUUAGACUUUUUAGGGUGGAACGACCUGGACAGGGUUUUCUGUGACCUCUAAUAAAUAACGGUUUGAAAUACA